UGCACUAUCAAAGCUAAAAUGCUUACUUGCCAACUGGGAUCUAGUUGAGUGGAUUUUUUUAAAAUUAUUUAUAAUGCCUUUUAUUUUAGUCUAAUUGAAGUGGAAAAAUAUGCAAUUGCACAUUUACUAUCUCGUAUAGAAGAUACAUUAUUUAUAUUUUACUCCCAAAAAAGAAAAGAGAUGUUGUAAUUUGUUGUUUUAACAUUAUUACUCAUGAGUCUAGAUUAUUGUAAUUUAUGUGGUAUUAAAUAUUUAUUACUCUCUCCCUCAUUUUCCUCUAUCAUUUUGUUUGAUUGAAGAUACAUAUUUUCUCUGCGCCGCUUUGUGAAACUCUUCUUCCUCAAAUGGAGAGUAACAAUUCUCACAUUGACAACUCGACCUUCAGUGGAAAUUCAACCCCUGCCAAUGUGCCAAGAGAUGUAGGCACAACUGAAAGUAUUGUUGGAAUCGAGGAACAACGGGCAGCCUACCAAAGACUUUAUCAUACAUAUCUUGCUCUAUUCCCUACACAAAACGUGAUUCCAGAAAGAUUUGGAGGCGAUGGUCAGGAAAUUUUGGAACUCCACGCGCAAAUUGCUGCUAGAUUAAGAUUAUUGGCUUUUCAUUUAAGCAUUAAGGUCCAUACAUACCAAUUGCCCAAGUCAACAUGUCUUGAUGGCAAGGAGCGUUGCUCCAUAUGCUUGGAUGACUAUUACGAUAAGGAAAAACUCAUUCAAAUCAUCUGUGGUCAUUUAUACCAUUUGGAUUGUAUUAGAGAGUGGAUCAAACUCAAGAACUUUUGCCCUAUUUGCAAGAGGGAUGCAUGUGCAAGAAUCAAUUAAAAUUUUCAUUGGGGUGGACUAACUAGUGGAGUGACAUUGUUAAACUCAAGAGAGUUGAAUUAAACCUUAAAUUGAGGAACCAUUUUAAGUUUGAGAAAGAUAAUGGUCUUUAAGUUUGAAGUAUUUUCUUUCAUUUUCAAUUAUACUAAGUUUUAUCUAGACUUUGAAGCUGAGCAUAAAUUGAUACUCAUGUUGGUUUGAAUUUUCGAUAUUGAGCGAAUUUGGUUUAUAAUUGAUGCUUACUAGAGGUUUUGAAAGCCUCUUGAUUCUUCGCUUUGAA